AUGCCAAAUCUCGAGACUCUUAGCAUAGUUUCAGAAACUGAGACGGUUAAUACGCCGGUAAUGCCUAGCAAAUUCCUCCACCUCAAGUCCUUGACUAUUGCUCUUCGUGGACAGACCUAUGAUUGUUUUUCUCUGUUAUCCUUUUUUGAUGCUUCUCCUUUCCUGGAGAAUUUCAUCUUGAAUGUAAGUCAUUUCUGCAAUGUCAGCCUCACAUUGGACACCACUCAUGGUGCGCCUAGAUGCUCUGUCAGUAAACAUGGCAGGUGCUGGCCAAUGAGGAGGGAUGCACUUAUGGAAGCGCAUAGAGCACUAUCGGCUGUCCAAACAUACGUCAAGUCAAAAGUUCCUUCAACAGUGGAGUUAAAUGUUUUUGAGCCCUGUAGCCAGUGCCAUGCUGUUGCACUUUAGGUGGUCAAUUUAACCACAAUUAUUCAUUGGAACGGUC